AUGGAGGAUGCAGAGGUACGACAGCAGAAGCUGGACAAUCAGCGUUCACUUUUAAUCAAGAAACAACAAAGACGAAGGGCAGAUGCCCGGAUGGUUACAGCGAAUCCUGACAUCCGUUCCAAGACACGCAAACAGAAAGCUGAGUGUGACGAUACUGCUUUAUUGAUAAGCCAAUCUCAAAGCAACACUUCCCUCAAUGACACACAACCUGAGCAUAUUUAUGAAAACACAGUGGAAGAGAUUUGUUUGGGAGAACUGAGUGUUUCAUCCAGGACAGAAGAGGCAUCAGAGGAAAUCGCUCAGCCUGUCCCGAUCAUCGUUAAGAAAAUUGAUCUAGAGAUCAGCCCACAGCACAGUACUACAAGCACUUUAGGCACAGACGGCCAGGCAGAUGGAAAGAAAACAAAGAAGAAGGGUGUGAAAAAGGGACAAACUAAACUACUUGAACCAAAAGCUGCGCUGGAGGUGGAGGAAAAUGAAAAGAAAGAGAAGAAAUCUGUAAAGAAGAAGGAAAAGACAAAUGGAACUAAAGAGAGAGCAAAGACAGGGGAACAGUCCUCAGUUCAGACUGAUUCAGUUGUGGAUUUCUCCAUUAAUGAAGAGAAAAAACCUGAAUCAGAAAGUGAGGAUGAAGGAAAAGACUGGUCAAAGAGCCCCGUUCCUCCUACACCAAAGAAAAAACAAAUGAAGCCAAUGAGAUGUCAUCUCAGUGACAGUGAAGAAGACAUCGAGGAGAAGGACAAGAAGAAGGAAGCUAAAAAAACACCAAAGAAGUCUAAAAAAGCUGCAAAAAAUGAUAACAGUCUUGCCUCUUUGAACUCCAACUAUAAGGAGCACUCUUCUGACAGCGAUUCUUUGGACAUGGGAAAAUCGUCUCCAAUGUCUUUGGAGGAUCUGGAACAGUUUGCCAUGCGUCCUGCUCCAAGGGACGUGACCAUUCAGUGCAGGAUCACCAGAGACAGGAGAGGAGUGGAGAAAGGGAUCUACCCCACUUAUUACCUCCACAUGGAAAAGGAGGAUGGGAAACGGGUCUUUCUGAUGGCUGGCAGGAAAAGAAAGAAGUGCAAAACGUCCAAUUAUUUGAUAUCAGUCGAUCCUACAGAUUUAUCCAGGGAUACUGACAGCUACAUUGGCAAAUUAAGGUCAAAUGUCUUGGGGACUAAGUUCACUGUGUUUGAUAAUGGUGAAAAUCCUGAAAGGAAACCAUUUAUUAAAGAAACGGAUACACUGCGACAAGAGCUGGCGGCAAUAUGUUAUGAAAAAAAUGUUCUGGGUUUCAAAGGUCCCCGCAAAAUGACAGUAGUCAUUCCUGGUAUGCACGAGAAUGAUGAGAGAGUCAUUAUUCAACCAAAAAAUGAGCUGGAGUCUCUGCUCACCCGAUACGAGAACGGUAACAAAGAGAAUCUUGUCACUCUAGUCAAUAAAUCACCCAGCUGGAAUGAGCAAACUCAGUCGUAUGUGCUCAAUUUCCAUGGCCGAGUUACUCAGGCAUCUGUUAAAAACUUUCAGAUUGUCCAUCCAGAUAAUGUGGACUACAUCGUGAUGCAGUUUGGCCGGGUUGCAGACGAUGUGUUUUCCAUGGACUACAGCUUUCCCAUGUGUGCUCUACAGGCAUUUGCUAUCACACUAUCCUCGUUUGAUGGCAAACUAGCAUGUGAAUAAGUUUGUUCAUGUGUAUAAUCUGUUCUAAUGAAAAAGGGAAACUGCAGUAUUUUAUGUUAAACAGUCAGGAAUGAAAGACGUUUAGGUUUGUAUUAUUAUUCGCAAAUGAUGGCAGUAGAGUAUCAAUGUGCUUCUCUUAUUUUGUUCGUAUAUAUU